AUGCAUCGGAAGACACUGCGCCGACUCCAGCAGGCCGUGCAAAACCCACCCGUUGGUUCGGCUAACAUUCCCUCGCCUUACGCAACGGAGGGCGGUCACGUCCCGAUCUGGUCGAUCGUCAAUGGCUUUGUGCAGAAGCGCAACUGGGUGUUCCGCAACCCGGAGUGGUGCGACCUCUGCAAGGAGCCUGUAGCGCUCUGGGUCAAUCAUCACGGGCGCAAGGACCACGCCUUGAUGGACAUGCACUACACGCAGAUGAUGGAGUUUCCACGCCGGUGGAACCCAGAGGAGGUCCUUGCCGUUUUUCUGGAUGAGUUGGGGCUCCCUGUGGGGAACUACCAGGGGUACUACAGCGGCUACGAGCGAGAGCACCGCAAUGAACUCUACGCCAUGCUUGUCACACUGGAGGGGGAAAAGAUGCUUCACUUUGGGGAGCCACGAGACACCUAUUUAAACCGCAUGCAGGGUGGUAUGCGUGGGAUGGAUCAUCAGGGGGCCUUGGUGCUGCAUCGGUACAUCCUCGGCCCCUUCAUGCGCAUUUACCCCAAUGGUCACAUUCAAGACUACUCGAACCUGGUGGACUUUGUCACGUGUGCGUACAACAUGGAGACGGUCUAUGAUUUAUGCGGCUUUUACACCCUGGACAAGGUUGCCUUGAAGGCGGAUUACAAAGCAACCUCCCCCGCUGCAUUGGGUCUGGGGGGUAUUGCGGUUCAUUCUUCCGCGUCGCACGGCUUUGUGCAGCAGGCGAUUGAAACCCCGCUGCAGCAGCAGCAGCAGCAGCGGCAACAACGAAAUCCGGCAGCGGGAACAAGCAGUCGCAGUGCGGCUGACAUGGAAGAGGAGGCCUUCUCAAGGAAAGCGGUCUUUGUUCGACAGCUUCUAGGCCAGCUUCGGUGGUUGACACUGCCAGGUGAAGAGCACCCCGCCGGUUACACGUUUUCACCGCAUUUGAUGUUGCUAGGGGAAAUAUGUCUCAAGUCGCUUGUGGUGGAAGUUAUAGCGGCACGUCUGUGUGAGUACAUGGUGCGUGUGGAGCCUGUGUGGCGCGAUCACGGGUACGAGCGUGUGAAGCUUAACGUGGACAAGAUAGUGCAGCAGCAGAGUGAUAUUCUACCUGAACCUGUCAAGUUUUUUUACCGCCCCAUGUCACGGGACAUGGAUGAUUUCUACAGCACUAAACGAGGUGGACUCGACGAGACGCUGGAGAAGGCUGUGGUUGCGUCAGUAUCGGGUAAGGCAGCCUAA